AUGGCGGUGCCAACGUCAACAACUGCAGCAGUAGCAGCAGCAACGGCCGCAGCGACUGCUGCCAGCACUGGACCACCAUCAGGCAAUCAGAACAUGUUCCUCGGAUACAGCUCGACUCGAAUGCACUGGAGCCCGAAUAAACACGAGCUGCUCGCCCAUCAGGCUAAGCUAUCGCAGCAUCUGAGUGAAAUCCAGGCAACCGCUGAAGGUCCGAAACCGGAUAUCAUCAUCUUGCUAAAGGACCAGAAUGUGGUUCAUCUACAUUCUGAGAUUGGCUUGGCCCAUUCUGGAUAUCUUCGAAAGCGCUAUGCGAAUGAGUUGUGGAUGCAGCAUCGGCAGCCAGCUAUCAGCGUCAUGGAUUUUAUUGACUUUGAUCCGGAUGCUGUGCGCCGAAUGGUUAACUUCUUCUACAGUGGGGUUCUGCCAUGCUCAAUGGCUGAAGCACCCGAACUAUUCGAGCUCGCCAUCAAAUUUCAGGUGCCAUCCGUGAAAGCAAUGAUCGAGAAAUACGUUGUUCAGAAAGCCGCUGAGCUAGGCAAUUUAAUGGAUUGCUGGAAUAUUACUUGCAACAAGAAUUCGGAAUUCUCGAACAGAGCAAGGGACAUUGUACUCAGCUAUGUGAUUCAAAACUUGGAGCAGGUCUUUCAACUUUUCAAAUAA